AUGGUUGCCCUCCGCUGGCUCGAGAGAUGGGAGAAAGGAGCACUGGAGAAAGCUAAAAUUCGAAGACUAAUGUUGCAUAGCUUGGAAAAGAAGGGGAAGCCAAUUACGAAAAUGGUUUCCUAUUGUGCUUAUCACAGGGUUCCAAAUCCAGAUACUGUCCUUGUCAUGCAGACUCCAGUUGGGGUUUUUUCCACUAAAAACCUAGUUCAAGACAAAAAGCACCCUGGUUCACGGUUAAUUUCAUCCCACAGAUUGAAUAUUCAGGAAGCUCCAGCAACAGGAAGCAAUGAGUCUGAGCCAUUUUCUGCUGCACGAUGUCAAAUCUUUGAAAGAUUGAACCAUGAGAGGACGGGUGAACAUGCCAUUGCUCAUCGGGUGAUGGGACCUCGCCAUCACUUUUUAAGUGCAAUACAAGGAUUGAACAAGUUCAGAGUAGAUAUCCCUAUAACAGAGAAUAAUCGGGUUUGCUUUGGAAGAUCUGGAAUUCAUAGGUGGGGCCUUUUUGCACGCCAGAACAUCCAAGAAGGAGAGAUGGUUCUUGAAUAUCGUGGUGAACAAGUCAGGCGUAGUGUUGCAGAUUUGAGGGAGGCACGCUAUGGUGUGGAAGGCAAAGAUUGCUAUUGUAUGCCCAACUGCUACGCGAGGAUCAUGAGUGUUGGGCACGACGAGAGUAGAAUUGUGCUUAUUGCAAAGACCAACGUGACUGCCGGUGACGAACUAACGUAUGACUACUUAUUUGACCCGGACGAGUGUGAUGAAGUCAAAGUGCCCUGCUUGUGUAAAGCUCCAAACUGCAGGAAGUUCAUGAAUUAG